AUGCUACUGGAGCCUAUCAACAGCCACUUGGGGGCCCUGAGCAUAUGUUUGGGCACCAGUCAUGAACCUGUCACGGCUGAGCGACGCGGCAGCGACCAAGGUUUCGUCAUGCUCAAGCACUGUCUACUCGUACGAAAGGCUGCGCAGUGCUGUCUCCGUCCCUCCUCCUGUCCGCCUCAGCCUGACCAAGACUCGCCGCAUGCGACAGGAUCCCGGGGCAAUGUAAUGGACGUGCCCGUCGAUCUCCCCACACCAGCCGCCGAGCAUCAUAAGCCCGCCCUCCGCCCCUCCAGCGCUCGCUGA